AUGCUUACACAGAAAAGUUUGACUUCACUAAUUUUAGUGGCAACAGGAUCGGUCACUGUGACAGUUCAAGAUAGUUGUCCUAAUUGUGGUUUUGGAGAUUUGGAUUUAACUUUGGGCGCUUUUAAUAAAAUUGGUGAUUCUAAUGUUGGUGUUGGUUUUGUUCCAAGAACAUGGGAUUGGGCAGAGGAAAGCGGUGGUGGUGAUAGCGUCUCUUCCGCAAUUCUAACAAUUUCCGCUAUUCUACCAUCAUCAUCUCCUCCUUCAUCCUCUCCUAUCCAAAUUUUAUCCAUGGAAACCACACAACCAAUAAAAGAUCUAGAAUCUCGCAGCUAUUCUUUGAUGGGAUCGUUGUAUCAAAGCUUCCUUUAUAUCUGGAAUUAG